AAUGCAAAUCUCUUUCCUUUUUAAUUUGCGUGCCAAUUGUGCAAGUGGUUUGUUGUUGACUAUAUUUUUAAAAGACACGCAAGUGUGUUUCUUUUUUCAAUUUGUAAAUUAGGAUUUCCGUAAACUAAAAAUACAGCGGAAGCAUUUCACUGUUGUAAAUUUGCCGUUUGUCAAGGCCAAGGUAGGAGAAAGCUCUCUCUCACUCUCUCUCUCUCUCUCUUGCUCUCUGCGAUGGUUUUCAUUAGCAAGUUGCGUGUUCAUGUGUUUGUGUUUACUGGCUGGUGGAAGUGAGAAAAGUGAACAUUUCAUUUUUUGUCAUUAAGUCGCAGUUCAAAUAAACAACAUUAGCGAAAACGUUUGUUGCGUGGCGGCCAAUCAUCCAUUUCCAUACCAGAUUUUUGCCAUUCAUUGAAGAAAUUCCAGUAUAAUAUUCCAUGGCUUCUACGGCGGCUCCACCACCACCACCACCAUCUGCUCCGGCAAAAUUGAGUUUUCCCUCAAAGGUUUACAAUGGUUUGGUUGGUGCCGUCGAUCCUAUGGUGCCUGCAAAGUUACGUCCAUUAUGGAAUCAUCCCGCUGGCCCUAAAACAAUAUUCUUUUGGUCUCCCGUAUUCAAAUGGGGUCUUGUGAUUGCGGGUCUCAGUGAUUUGGCACGUCCUGCUGAAACUCUUUCUGUUUCACAGUGUGGAGCUUUGGCUGCCACCGGCAUUAUAUGGUCGCGUUAUUCCUUAGUCAUUAAACCCAAAAAUUGGGGUUUAUUCUCAGUGAACUUAUUUGUGGGUCUUGUACAAUCGGUACAAUUGGGAAGAGCCUAUAUGUAUCAACAGGAACUUAAAGAAAAAGAAAAGGCCUCUGCAACAACGGCCGUUGCUGCCCCCAAAUAGACAACUUUUCCCAGUUCAAUCAUAUUCAAGAUGUAACAUAUUCAACCAACCCAGUGAAAGGCAACAAAUUCCUUAUUUUGGACUAUGUGUAUAAUAAUGCGUGCAAAAAUCAUAUAUGAGGAACUAACUACUGAGGCUAGUUAGAAUUAUUGGUGAUAUUUUUCUUAAAUAACUACAAUUACAUCAGGAAUAUAUAUAUAUAUUUUUUUUAUUUUAAUUAUCCUAUUGACACAACGAGUGUUUAAUAGCAUUAGCACAAUUAAAUUGCAAAUUGAAUAUAAA